AUGGCGCGGGGCGGUCGGGGCGGCCGGGGUGGCCGGGGUGGCGGCCAAAGGGGCAGGGGCGGUAGUGGCAGGGGCAGGGGCGGGGGCGGUAGAGGGAACCGAGGUGCGAUGGGGGGUGGUCAGGCCGGCAGGGGCGGUAAAGGUGCCACAAUGGGGCGAGCAGAUGGAAACAUGGGAUACCGGCGAGAGGACUUUGAGGACGAGAUUGACGAGUUUGCAAAGGGGCGGGACAAAGUUGGUCUGAAUGCGGAAGAGGACUUGGAGGCGUCUGGGAGCGAGGAGGAAGAUGAGGCGGUGUUCGAUGUGAAGGGCGCGGAGUCGGAUGAUGAGUCUGAGGAUGAUGAUCCUGACGAAGACGAUGACGAGGAGCUGGGUGGAAUGACGGCCAAGCUGGCAAAGCAGGCCAAAUUUAUGAAGCAGAAGCUGGCUGCGAUGGGCGUGGGCAACCAAGAUGAGGAGGAAGAGGAUGAAGAUGACGAUGAACAGAAGCUGUGGGGAAAGAGCAAGAAGGUGUACUAUGGAGGAGAUAACGUGGAUCUUGAGCUGACCGAUGAUGAAGAGGCCCCCGCCGAGGAGGAAGAGAUGGUACUUGAGCAGCAGCGAAAGCUCGCGCAGUCUCUGCGUCCCGAAGAUUACGACCAAGAAAGCGAGGACGAGUCCGACAAAGAAACCCCCGAUGCCGGGGAAGAGACUUUGGAGGCGGCCGCUAACCGAGCAGAAAACGGGGUCAAGAAGGGGGUCAAGGAAAACGGGGUCACCGUAGAGGAGGUUAAGAAGGAUUUGGAUUCGUUGACGAGGGAAGAGAAGUUGGCGGCAGUGAUGAGCGAGGCGCCCGAGCUGGUGUCGCUUCUGGGGGAGUUAAGGGAGGGGUUAAGGGAGAUAACCGAGAAGGUGCAGCCGGUUUUGAGGGCGGUUAAGGACGGGAAGUAUGCGACGCAGGACGGAAUCAGCUAUUUGGAGGCGAAGCAUUUACUGCUUCUGACGUACUGUCAGAACAUCGUGUUCUACUUGCUGCUGAAAGCGGAGGGGCGGCCGGUGCAGGACCACCCGGUGAUAACUAGGAUGGUGGAACUGCGGCUCUUCCUCGAGAAAAUCCGGCCGAUCGACAAGAAGCUGCAGUACCAAAUCGACAAGCUGUUGGCAGCCGCCAAGGAGCCCGCAGCCAAUGGUGACGCGACACCUGGCGGCCCGUCCGCCCCUGCGGACGCUCUUAAAUACCGCCCCAAUCCGGACGCUCUAGUGUCCAAAUUGGACGAGGAAGGGGCUGACGGGUUAUACCGCCCGCCUAUGAUGACCCCUGCAGCUAUGGCGGAGGAUCCGGACAAGCGAAACCGAAAGGAGGAGCGGUCGAAGAAAGAGUCGGCGAGGAGGGCUUCCAGGAGCGCACUGCUGCGCACGCUGGCGGAGGAGAUUGAGGGCCGCCCCGAGGAGGUGCGUGAGGACGCGGUGCGCGCCGAGAGCCAGCGGCUGCUGCGCGAGCGCGCGCGCCUGGCCGCGCGCGCCGAGGCCGAGGAGGACCUGUUCACACGCGUGCCGCUCACCAAGGCCGAGAGGGCGCGGCAAAAGAGUGUGAAACGGCUCACGGGCAUGUCGGAUAUGCUGGACGACUUCGAUGAUGACGUGGCGGAUCUGGUGGCGGAGGGCGAACGAGAGGAGGGGGGAAAGUUGGGGGCCCCGCCGGAGGACUUGUUGAAGCGGAAGAAGAUGGGACAAGCGGCGAUGGAGGAGGCGCGGCCGGAAAAGAGGGCCCGCGUGCUGUCAGGCGACGCAGACCUGCCCGUCCGAGAAACGCUGGGCGAGCGCCGCAAGAAGCACGACGUCCGGAUCCCGCGGGGGGGAUCCCCCUCCGGCAGCGAGCCGGACGAGGCCGGGCCGUCGGGCGAGUUCGAAGACGACUUCUACAAAUCCGCCAAAGAGCAGAGCCAGCUAAAGAGGGCCGCAAAGGCCGCGAAAUACGACCGUGGAACCGGGCGAUUUGCGGCGGAGGACGAUUUGGCGGAGGGGAAACGGGGGAUAAAUAAACAGAUUGAGAAGAACAAGGGGCUGACACCGCAUAGGAAGAAGGCGAUUAAGAACCCGAGGGUUAAGCAACGGAUGCGGCAUGCCAAGGCGGUGAUCAACCGGAAGGGCCAAGUCAGGGAGGCGAAGACGCAUAUGAGCGGGUAUGGCGGCGAGACGAGUGGUAUCAAGGCGAGCAUCAGUCGGAGCGUGCGGAUGCAAAGCUGA